ACCUCUGCCACCUGCAUGGAAACCAGGAGCUGGGCUCCCAGAAGGCGGCGGUGCCCACCUGGGACCACGUUGGUGGCCUUUGCCUCUCUGCUCAGCUGCCUGCUCACCUCCGGCCAGGCCAAGGCCUACAGUCGCUGCGAGCUGGCCAGAGUGCUACAGGAUUUCGGCCUGGAUGGAUACCGGGGCUAUAGCCUGGCUGACUGGGUCUGUCUUGCCUAUUUCACAAGUGGUUUCAACACAGCCGCUGUGGAUCACGAAGCGGAUGGAAGCACCAACAACGGCAUCUUCCAGAUUAGCAGUCGGAAGUGGUGCAAAGAUCGUAACCCAAAUGUCCCCAACCGGUGCCAGAUGUACUGCUCCGAUUUGUUGAAUCCUAACCUCAAGGACACUAUUAUCUGUGCCAUGAAGAUAGCUCAACAGCCUCAGGGUCUGAGCAGCUGGGAGGCUUGGAGGCAGCACUGCCAGGGCAAGGACCUCAGAGACUGGGUGGAUGGCUGUGACCUCUAGGACCCUCUCAGGAUGGACCAGGCCAGGCACAGCAGGC